AUGAAUGCCGCCAUCAUCGCCGCGUUUGUUCUUACAGUCUUGACCGUCGUUGUCCGAUUUACGGUUCGAAUUCGAAGUGGCUCUAAGCCACGACUUGAUGACUGGUUGAUGCUCACCAGUUUAGGCCCACUCGCUGCGAUCUUUGCUAUCAACUUUGUCGCCACUCAUUAUGGUCUAGGGAAGCAUGUCUGGCUCGCGACAGUCGGCGGAAUGACUAAAAUGGAAAAGUUCCUUUUUAGCUCAUUGGUUAUCUAUACAUUUGAGCUCGCUUUUAUCAAGGUGGCCGUUCUAUGUUUCUAUCGCCGUGUGUUCGGAGUAAACUGGUUGAACCAUGUGGCCAUGUUCUUUGCUGUGGGCUGGUGUAUCGGAAGUCUUAUUGCAUUGUUCCUCGCCCCAGUUCCUAUUUCCUUCUUCUGGACGGAAUUCCAAGAUCCAACCAGCGGUCACAAUCGCUACGACUUCUACAACUGGUACAUCGGCAACGCUGCAACAAACGUGGUCGGAGACUUCCUCAUUCUGAUUGUCCCGAUUCCAAUUGUCUGGGGAUUGAAGAUGCGAACUGCGCAGAAGGUCAUGGUGUCGCUGGUUCUUUUCCUGGGAUGCUUUGUCUUUGCCGCAAGUAUUGUCCGAAUUCACUAUCUUACAAAGGUACAAGGGGCCGGUUCCGUCGAUAUCACAUGGACAAUGGCACCCGUCUGCCUCUGGUCGACCAUCGAGCCCUGUCUAUCUAUCAUCAGCGCCUCACUCCCUACAAUCCAACCCAUUGUGCAAUGGGCCCUCAAGGUGGAACACAACAUGUACCUCCGCAAGCAUAUGCCAAUCAAGCGAUCGAGAGCUUCGAUCCUCGGUCUCCGAAAGAGCGGCAGCAGUAUUGGAACCGAGCGCACAAGUGUGAGAGGCUCACCCAUGCGGGGUCUGGGUAAGGAAGAUGACGACGUAAUUCGUCUGUUCACACAUGCCGCUCACGUUGAGGCUGGUCCUAUGCGUGCUCACAGGGCUACAAACGACCUUGAAGAAUAUCUGGGAACGAACUAUAUCCGCGUUCAACACGAUGUUCAUGUUUCUUAUGAUAACUCUACUAGCACGUUGAACUGA